AGCCUGGAUCCACAUAAGGAAGUGAAUUCAGGGAAGCAGCGCUCAAGCUUAGUUAGGUUUACACACUACAAAAUCACUUCCGUCCCUAAAAUCAUAUCCACAGGUAGCUUUCCAGAUCUAUUUACUGCCCAGUAGAGACGCUGAAGUGGCGGUAGCGGUGGGGCAAGGAUGUGACGAGGGGAGGGGAGGAGGUGAAGGGCACUUUCUUGAUCAUCUUCAGAAUGUGUCUAUAAGAGAAGACCAGAAAAGCCAGAUAGACGAUACAUAUGGAUCAUGUGGUUAUAUAUCCAAACGUUUAUAAAUACAUGUGUCCGGGAAGAAAACUUUACGAUUGGACCAAAGUUAUGUCUGGGAGGUACUGGAGGAUACUCGAGGGUUUGUGAGUGCCCUGGCUUCCUCUGGGUGUCAUGGCAACCCCUACCCCCACCCCAUGCUCCUCUCUCCUUCUCUGAGUGCUGGGCAGCAAAGGGGGAAGGAAGCCAUGGGAGAAAUGGACAAGAGUGAGCAGAAGCACCUCACAGGCCAGAGAGGGAAGCCCCUAAAAGCACAGUCAUGAGCUUUCUUCUUUGGCAGAAGCCAGUUGCCAAAGUGCCAGACUGGAAUGGAACACUGAGGCUUUAGGCCACCAAAGGCGUGGGCUUGAUUCAACAAACAUUUCCUCUCUGUGGGGGAGCAGUGGGCGGGGUGAGAUGAUAAAAGUUGGUGCAAGGCAAUUCUUUCCAAAGCCCAGACCUUGAAGUGACCCCAGGAGGUGUGGAUGUGCCUGAGGUUUGCUCUUCUCUCCUUGUUAGACAGAUCUGUAGUCCAAUGGGAACCUUUACCGGCCAUGUGUACCCGGGGCUGUUUCUAAUCUCAUAUGGACUGUAUCAGGCAACAGUGGUCUCCAAAGCGGUGAUAGUCAGCGACUCUCUCCCAAAUUCGUGUCUUCCCAGGAAUAAGGGAAGAUGGGUCAGGCUAUGGGAAAUAUCCUACAGGGGUUUGCUGAAGAUGGUGACUGGCUCCAUCCUGAUAGCUUACGAGAUCAGCUGCACUAAAGGAGGGCUCAUACUGAUGGACAGGGAGCUGCCACCGAGAUUUAUGUACCCCAAAGAGUGGCAGCACCUCACCAUGUUCAUCCUCCUCACCCUCAACGGCUGCGUUGAUGUCAUGAGCAAGAACUUGCUGCCUCAGAGGUGUGUGCUCCUAGAGAGAGGCGCCGGGGCCCUGACCUUCUAUGUGCUCCUGAUGCUGUUGGUGUCACACGUUCAGGGCUCAACAGGGGUGGAGCUGCAGACUCAUUGUCUCCUCAUCUUGGUGGUGUUCCUGCUGAUGCUGGUGUUGACCAUAGAGCUGUGGGCUCCCGAUGCACUUCAUCUCUCACUGAUCGAGACCUUUCUGUUUCUCAUGAUGGGCUCCUGGCUGGUGCAAGCGGGCUUUAUUCUGUACAGACCAGUGUCCGGCUACCCAUGGCAGGACGACGACAUCAGCGACAUCAUGUUUAUCACCACCUUCUUCUGCUGGCAUGUGAUGAUCAAUGCUUUGUGCCUGUUGGGAGUCUACGGCAUCUCUUCCUUUUGGCAUCAUUGGUAUAAUCCCAGCUUGACGCUGACGGGGUCCACAGAAGCGCCAUAUUACGUGAGCACUGAAGGGACCAUCUACAAAUUGCUGCCGGAAGUGGAACAGUCAGAGAAAGAUGAGCAGGCUCUUCUCCUUUCAGAGAGCGCACCCUGAGACAGGGCCUAGGAUGCCUGGCACAUUGUUCCCCCAUCUUCCUCCUUGUGGGUUCUCUCAGGCAUGUGCACUGUCCCCUCUUUUGUCCCCAGUGAAGGUAAUGGCCGUGAAAGAGAGCAAUUGGUCUUCAUCUGCUGGUACAUCUCCUGUCCUUGAACCUCUGAG